GCCUACAUGUCUCCAGAGCAACCACUUAUCAGUUUUACCUGUGUCUCCCCCUACCCCUUGGCGGGGACUGCAUCAUGUCAUAGAGGGGAGCCGAUGUAUAUGGGAUCAAGCUUUAUUAAGGAAGCUUUGUUAGAGAAGCGGCAGUAGAACCAGCACUUGGGCGCCUGGGUCUGACAACUGGAGCUCACUUCUCGGCUGAGGAGACGCAGAGAAAUCCAAGUGGGAAGUAUAAUUACCAGGGAAAAGUAGGAGGGCGGUGGCCGACUAUGUUCAAGGGAAGAGGACAGAAGCGCUGCGGGAGCCUGCCACGGUGGCUGCAGCGAGGGCGGAGCAGUGCGGUGGAGGAAGGGCCUGGCCAGCCUGGGCAAACUGGGGUUCCAGACCUCCUUGGGCAUGCCCUGGCUGUAUGGCCUUGGCCAAUCCCUUCCUUCUCUGGACCUAUGUCCUCAUCUGCUGUGCAGAGAGUGAAAUCUGCCUUUACCUCACACCAGGAUUUUCCAGCCUCGCUUUUGGCAAUGCACCUCACCUGUUUUUCUGGCACACCCGCUUGUGCAAUGCUGAUGUCUAGCAGCGAAAGCGGAAACACCUACAGGGCGAUCCCGCGGCCGACGUGGGGACCCACCCACUUGUGAUAGGCACCCAGGACAGGGAAGCAGCGGUGGCCUGUGCCUGUGCUCGGGGCUUGCUCCGGGGCCCGCCCCAUCUGCUGUCCUCCGCAGCCUCGGGGGGCUAGGGAAGACCAGAGCAAGCCGGGGCAAACAUGACGGAGCCCGAAGCCUCGACCGAGGAUCUGGACACCCUCCUCGACGACCUGGACUACCUUCCCGGCCACUUCCACCUGGAGAUGCAGCUCAACUUCGAGCCGCGUUCACCUGCCAAGCUGCGGGCCCGGGACCUGAAACUCCAGCGCGAGGGCCUGCGGCAGGAGCUGGAGCUGGUGGCAGCUCCGCAGCUGCCUGCUGUGCGUCACCUUCUGGGCACCUUCUCCUUCUACCUGGAGGAGCUGGACCAGGCCCGCGAGCGCUUCCUCGAGGUGGCCCGCGAGGACCCCGGCAACCUCAACGCCUGGGCCAAUCUGGCACAUGUGUAUGGGCAGCUGGGCCAGGAGGAAGAGGAGGAGGCGUGUGCUACGCAACUGGCUGAACUCAUGGGCCUGCCAGGGGAGGACUCUGGGGACCCCCGGCUCCGUGCCGCCCGCUGCCUGGCAGAGCAGGGCUAUGCGCACGGCUUCGAUGUGGGCUGUGCCAGUCUGGAGGAGCACGCGCAGGUGCUGGAGGCGGGCAUCGCCCUCUACGACAAAGCACUUGGCUAUGGGCAGCAGGUCCCCAUGGAGGAGAAAAGAAGCUGGUACUUUACCAUGGCAACACUCUUCAUCAGACUAGAUGGCAUCUUCCUGGAGCUGGGCAGUGAGGAACAGAAGCGGCUGCCAGCCUUUAACCGCACGCUGGCUUUACUCCGGCAAGUCCUCAAGACCUCGGACCCCCGACAGCAAGCUCUAGCCUGGUGCUACCUUGGCAUGCUGCUGGAGAGGAAGGAUACUUUCACCAGCACCCCCAUGGGCAUCCACGACUGCGGAUACUCAGGGACUGACCCCCUGGACUGCUUCGGCAAGGCCAUCGAGAUAGCCAAGAACCAACCUCCCAUCCUGAAUCGCCUGGCCAAAAUCUUCCACUUCCUAGGAAAGCAGGAUAUGGCCAUUGGAACCUGCAACAUGGCCCUGGAUGUGCUUCCAGACCCAGAACUCAACUGGCAGGCAUACUGCACAAGGGCCAAGGUGCACGUCAGAGCCUAUGUCCAAGACCUGGAACGGGCCAAGGUGGGUCUCGGGGGCAUGCCUGACAGGAACCAUCUGGGGUGUGCCAAAGCUGACCUUGAGGAAGUGGUCAAGGUGUGCCCAGGCCUCAGGACCUACCUCGACAUUGGCCAGGUCUACUACUACAUGGGCGUGGAUGCCAUGCGGGAGCUGCUGGCGGUGGACGAGGCAGCGCUUAACCAGGCACUGGUCUUCCUGGCAAAGGCGGGCGAGUCAGAGCUGGGCGCCACGCUGCCCGAGCUACAGCUGCUACGUGGCAAAUGCCUGCGUGUCCAGGGAGAAGAGGCCAACGCAGCGGCCUGCUUUAAGCGCACGGUGGAGCUGGACGACUCGGGCUCCAGUCACACCGAGGGCUUCGGCUGCCUGCUGGAGGCGCUGCUGGCACAGUGGAGCCAGGCGCAGCUGAGCGACUGCGAGGUGGGCCUCGAGGUGGACUUCUGGCUGCGCCAAGCCCAGGGCAAGUACCCCGCGGCGUGCCUUCGCCAGGAGCUGCAGCGUGUGUGGCGCAGGCACACGGAUGAGGUGCUAGGCUUGGCCCGGGCCUUGGUGAUCCAAGGAAAGCCAGCGCUAGUGCGGCUGCUCUUUGAGAGCAUGGAGCAGGAGGGUGAGGAUGCUGGAGCACCACACAGAGGACACGCACUCUCCUUCUAAGUGCUGGGUGCACCGGCCAGAAGCUACGCGGCCCGUCCCGACGAGGCCCCGCCCCCAGCUUCCAGCUGGCGGGUGAUCAGAGUCAAACUCUGUUUUGGAAUUUGUAGUUUUGGGGAGCUUGCCUAGCGUGCCUGAGCCUCUGGCUUCCUUUCUGCAGUGGGGAGAUGUGAAAGCUUUCAUUUUCCCGGAAAUUGUAAAUGGAUACUGGGAGGCAGUUUCAAGUGCUCAUAGGGAAACUGCCAGUUGAGGGAAAUAAGGUUUUUACAAACAUGGUUCAAGUAUCCCGAGAGGAAAGAUAGCCUGGUGCUUGAUUGCCUGUCAUUGGAGUCCUAAGAACCACACUGAAAGUUGACGGCAGAGGGUCUCAAGUCCUGCAGAAAAAGCCUGGCACCCACAAUGAGUGGGUGCAGCAGGGUCCUGACUUAAUCCCAGGUGCUCAGACCCCAUUCCUACCUCUCCACCAGCUUCUCACAGGAAUAGGCAUUCACACACCGAAAUAAAACUCAUCAGAAACA